AUGACCAGGAGUUGGCAUGCAGCAAUCCUCCAACUGGACCAGCCUGCAUGGCUGAUUGGCGCGGAUGGUGACCCGAUAGCGGUGCUGGAUGGCAAGUUCCGGGUGCGCAAGGUGCGAGGGCUAAGAGUUGUGGAUGCGAGCGCUUAUCCGCCUAUUCCGGGGACGUUUACGGCUGUUUCGACGUAUUUGGGUGUGGAGAAGGCGGCGGAUGACAUUGUGAGUGACUUGUGGCAUGGACGGUUGCAUAUGUAG